GCUAAUUGCGAUCUGAACGCAGAAGUUACGUUAACGCGGUCUUCUGAAACAUAAACCCGCGACAGGAUGACGUUGCUGAUCGGAUUGUUCCUAAUUGCCAGCUGGACCGGAGUGACCAUCGCUCAACUGCCACCUGGUGUGCAGUCCUGUCCGCGAACCACCGACCUUCCACAAUACGACAGAUGCGUGUUGAAGCAAUUGAACGCGAUCACGCCGUACCUGGCCCAAGGUAUCCCCGCGUUGAAGCUGCCAGCAUUGGACCCUUUGUUCCUGCCGUCGUUGACGGUAGACAGGAACCUGGAGGCGUUGAAGAUCAAGGCGAACAUGAGUCAGAUUCGGGUGUACGGCGCGACCAACUUCGUCAUCGAUGAUCUGAAAUCAAAUCCAAACGAUUUGUCUGUCAGUCUGAAGGUUCAGCUGCCGCAUAUUCAUGUGAACGGUGACUACGACGUUCAGGGAAGAUUGCUGUUGCUGCCGUUGAACGGAGCUGGUAGUUUUAAGGGAAAUUUCACUGACACCGAAGUGCGAGUAAACGCGCAGGGAAAAGAAGUCACAGACAAAAAAGGCGUACAGAGGAUCGAUAUCGACAAGCUCGUGACGAAAAUUCGCGUUGGACACGGAAACAUCAAGCUAAAAGCACCUUCCCAGCACACAGUAGCUGCUGAAGCAGCGGCGACGUUCUUCAACUCGAAUCCACGCUUGGUUCUGGACAUCGCCAGCCCGAUUAUCGAGGACACAGCGGCGACUGUGAGCAGAGCGUUGGCCGCCAGAGCGUUAGGGGCACUCACGAAGGAGGACCUGCUUCCCUAG